UCGAGUGAGCUCGGGGAUGGAAGGCGGCAAGAACCACUUCGUCCUGAUCCACGGCGUCUGUCACGGCGCGUGGUCCUGGUACAGGGUGGCCACCGCCCUGGAGGCCGCCGGCCACCGCGUUACCGCGAUGGACAUGGCCGGGUGCGGCGCCAGCCCCGGGCGCGGCGAGGAGGUGGCGUCCUUCGAGGAGUACAGCCGGCCGCUGCUGGACGCAGUGGCGGCGCUGCCGGAGGGCGAGAAGGCGGUCCUCGUCGCCCACAGCUUUGGCGGGCAGAGCCUCGCGCUGGCCAUGGAGAGGCACCCGGAAAAAGUCUCCGUGGCCGUGUUUGUCACGGCCACCAUGCCCGCCGCAGGGAAGCCCAUGACGUACGCGUUCAAACAGCUAUCGCAAGGGAAAGGGCCAGAUUUCUUCAUGGAUUGCACGCUCGGAAGCACCGGUGAUCCCCGGAAUCCGGAUAAGACGUUUCUGUUCGGACCAAAGUACAUGGCGCGGAGAGUGUAUCAGCUGAGCCCUCCUGAGGAUCUGACCCUGGGAAUUGCGAUGGUGAGGCCGUCACGGCGGUUCCUAAAUGACGACACGAUGAACGGGGACGUCCUGACGUCGGCGAGGUACGGAGGGGUGAGGCGUGUGUACGUCGUGGCCGAGGACGACGAGUGGAAGCCGGCGGAGAUGCAGCGGCUGAUGGCCUCGUGGAACCCCGGCACUGAAGUCGUGGGAUUGCAGGGAGCUGAUCAUAUGCCCAUCUUCUCAAAGUCGAGGGAGCUCUCAGAAUUACUCAUGGUGAUUGCCAACAAGUACUACCCAGGAAGCUGAGUUGGUUAGAUGGCUUCAGUGGAAGCCAAUUUCAGACUGAGGUUAAAAAUAAUUCCUCAGGUCCCACGUUGAACUUUUCGUGGAAGAGAAUUUCAGAUUGAGCCCUCAUCGGUCCCUUGCGACAAUCACGGGCCUAAGGCAUGGCCUAGUUGUUGGUUCUCACACAGGUCACGAUGCCGCAGUGUAAGAGUGAGACAAGGGUUUGAGGGUUUUCUCAACCUAUGUUUUUUUUUUUUUUUUGCGGGG